UCUACCGAUCCCAUAGGCCAUAGAUUACGUAGAGAUUUGUUAAAGACUUUCAAAUUGGUGAUCUCGAGAAGAGAGUCAAAGGCAGGAGCCGACCGCCGCGAGCUAUGAAGGGUAGGCGGAGAGAGAGAACUGGUUGUAAAGCGUGAAUCAGUAAGAGCAUUGAGCAACAUAAUUUCCACACUUAACUGGUGAAAACCUCUUUAGCAAAAGAGAGAGAGAGAGAGACAGUGCCUUCGUUGGUGCUGGCGACAAGCGAAACUGGACGGUCAAAGUUCUUGUUUGGCCUCCGAAUCACUCCAUUUCCUUUUGUCCAAGCAAAAGCCAGGAUGACGACCCAAUGUCAAAAGCGACACUCCUCCUCCUAAAAACGCAUCUUCCGGACAAGGACAAGAGAGCUGCAUUUCCCAUUUUAACAAAGCAGACAAGAAGCCCCCUAAAGAUGCUUCCUUUGAAGCUCGUCCGCUCCCUCGUCCUCGGCGAAUCCAUCAGCAGCACCCUGUCCCGUUCCCACAGCCGCCGCGAAAGCUCCCUCUCCGACGGCUGCAGCGACGAGGAAGGGGACGGCGACGGCGACGGCGACGGCGACGGCGAGGUGCGAGAAAGACCCCCCGGAUCAAGAUCGAGGAGGAGGAGGAGGAGAGCCAGAGCAAGAGCCGUGGCCGGAUCAAGAACGCCGCUCCUCCUCUUCCUCCCCACCCGAGAGCUCAUCACCGACACCUACACGCUGGCCCACAUCGCCCGCGACAUGGGCAUGGACCUUCACCCCACCCCCUCGCUCUCCCACCUCGUCUUCACCUUCCCCUCGCCGUCCCCGUCCCCGUCGCCGUCGCCGUCGUCCUCCUCCACGUCCCCGCUGUCGUCAUUCCCGUCCUCGUGGUCGUCCACGUCCCUCACCCCCUCCGCGUUCCUGUUCCCCAACGACGCCGUCUCCCUCCCCUUCCCGGCCCUCUCCUCCGCCUCCGUCUCCGCCCUCCGCUCCUUCGUCGCCCUCUCCAAGGGCCUCUUCAAGCUCGUGUUCGUGAGGCUGGGCCUCGCCGGCGGCGAGCCGGCGCACGACGGCGCUGUGAACUGGGACUGCUGCUCGGCCGCCCUGUUCUCGCGGGUCGGCGGCGAGCGGAUCGACACGAUGGAUGGGUUCUCGAGGACGCUGGCUGGGCACGGGUGGACCCUCUUCAAGACCCGGAAGAACCCGGAUCCGGGCGGGGCCAACGGUAAGUGGAACAGCAAUAGCUCUGUGUACUUGUUUAGGAAGGUGGAUUUGAACCGGGUCCGGAUGCGGCGGGCGGGUCGGGCCCCGGAUGAGAGGAAUGCGGGUGGGGAUUGUAGAGUCAGAGAGUUGAGAUUGCCACCUCUGGAUUUUGGGAAUGCGCCGCUCAGGAUUCUGCAGUAUGUUCUUCUCAUGACUGACGAUAUCUUCUACCUCGCUUAGAACAGGUCCAUGUCCAUCCUCCAAAUCCUGUGUUCAGCAAACAAAUUCUCUAGCAGGAGUCGGCCACAUGUCACUCAUGAGAAGUGAAUGGCAUGCAUGGCCUAUGGUGCGACCUAUUUUGCCUGCCAUCUUUUACAUAGUCGAGGUGCUGUCUCUCGUAACAUGAAGAUGCCUUCCUUCAGCGUCUCCUCUUCUCUCCUCUCUUCCUCAUACAAGAUCUUGUCAAUGUCUAUGCCCUCCAAUAUCUGCAAGAAUGCAUCGGAGUUUCGAGCAAGCAUCUUUACUCGGUGAUGGCUACAACUGCGUGCAAGGUUCUCACUCAUGUGUACUUUUGACGAUGCAAGAAGCACUAACCCUUUCUCUUUUGGACACUGAACUCAAUGGCUAGGCGAUCGGCAAUUUUGAUAGUAUCUUACCAAGUAGAGAGGAUAGAGCCAUUUCUAAGAUUAUACGAACCUUAUGCUACUUUCAGGCCAUGCUGGACUUUGCUAACAUAUUCCCCCAGUUGUAAAUACCAACGUUUUGAAGCUUUUCUUUGUGCAACGCCACCAUGCUGAAUCGCUGAUAGCUUGUUCUUACUCUGAAGUGAGCAAAACUGUACAGUCUCUCUCUGUC